GAGGACCGGCUUUUCUGUCUUCCGCUGCACGCGGCGGCCGGCUGUGAUUGUUUGGGAUCAUGGGUGCCAAGCGCCCGAGCCCGGCUUCGGCCAAGCGGCAAGACCAACCGCCGCCUAAGCGGGCCUGCAAUGCCGAGGCGGAGGAGUUCACAGGCGCCCGGUUCAAGGCUAUGCUGCGGGACCCCAGCACGGCUAUGAAGGGUUUGAAAAAAUUCAUAUCCCUAGCUAAAUCUUUACCAUCAACAGAGCAGUUUGAUAUUGUAGAAGGAUACACAAAAGUUUCUGUAGAAUGUGCAGAAAUUUUAAAACUUCUGGAUGGAGAAAAGCGACCUGAAAGUGAGAUGCUGUUAAUCUUUCAAGCACUAGAAAGCAUUUUGCUGCGAACAGCAAGUGAUCUGUCUCAUUUUCGUGUAGUGGGGAUGAACAUAGUAAAGAAACUGAUUAAUAGCUACAUGAGGUUAAUAUAUGCUGCUCUAUAUUCUGAAGGUCACAGAAUGUCUCGUAUGUGUCUCACCUUGUUGUCAGCAAUGGUGACACAGGGACCAGAUGCUGCAAGGGAUGUCUACAGCCAUUUUGAUUUCAAUAAUAAAUUUCUACCUAGUUUAGUAAAGAAGAGAGAUCAUAAGGGCAAACCUGAUGUUCGUAUGGCAUAUAUCCAAUUUGCCCUUUCCUUUUUAAUUGCUGGUGACAACACAAUCCUUGUACAUGUUCUGGAGUUAAAAGAUUUCAUUCCAGAUAUUUUUAGGACUGGACUAAAGGAAGAUAGAAUUUCUACAAUUAGUCUUCUGCUUUCCACAUUGGCAGCUAAGGUGGUUCAAAAUAAAAAUAUCAGUAAGACCCAGAAAGUGCAUUUUUUUACUGCAGAAGUAUUAACCCAUAUUGCUUCACUUUACCGCUGGAAUGGAAUCACUGAUGUCAGCACUGAAGAUGUCAAGGCUUCCCAGGAUCAAGAAGAGGCAGGAAAAGUCCUAGUGAGAGAGCUGGUUCAUAAUUUUUUAAUUGAUCUCUGCUGUUCUCGCAAGCAUGGCAUUAAUUUUUAUGAUCCAAGUCUUGGCACAUCUGGCAGAGGAGGAAACUUGAUACUUCUGCGCUUUCUCCUGAGUCUGAAGACUGCAGUAGAAGAUGAGAUGGUUGCUGAUCUUAUGGUGAACAUUUUUAAAGUGUGCCCAGAUUUGCUGAACAGAUACUUUAAGGAAUCCCAAUAUUCUUUUGUUCCAAGACUAAAAUCUACUUGGUUGGACAAUAUGAAAUUGCUCAGGAAGAUCUAUGCAGCUCAGCCAGAAGUUUCCAAUGCUUUUAAAAUCCCAGAGUUCAUUCCACUUCCAAGACUUCUUUCAGUAGUGAUGGUGACAACCAUUCCAGCAGUGUGUAAUAAAGCCAUGUUCACCCAAGGAUUGAAUAUAGCCAGCAAAACAGUGAAACAUACAAUCCUUUCACUUAUAUCAACUAUUCUGAAAAGAGCACUGAAGAACAUUGAGUAUUGUCUGAAUGAGAAAAUAUGGGAGAAAUCAGAAAUCUAUACACCAUCAUUCAUGCAGGACUUUGUACAGCAAUACAGGGAAGCACUUAGCAAGCUUUUACCAGAUAUGACUAAUGUAAUAGCAGUCUGGCAGUCCCUUCUAAAACAAGAGAAGGUGCAAGAUGGACAGAAGGAAACAGAGGAAGAUGCUGCUUCUAUUGUAGAAGAAAUGUCUGAGGUUAAAGAAACAAAGGGAGAGCACGGCUCAGACGAUGCAGAAACUACUCUUUUGAAAGCUGUCUUACUUCAGGUUACAUGCCUUUAUCAGCAAGCUGUUCCCCACUUAGUAGCACAGAGCAACUUCGACUUUAGCAAAUUAAUAAAAGGUAUUGUUACUGAAAAAGGUUUGCGACAGGAGAUCCCACCCAUUCUGCAACAUCACAUACUCAACGUAGCUCUGGAAUUGCCUGCAAACAAGUUUUCCUGGUUUAAAAUGCAGGAUGAAACUGAGCGGAAUUGCGGUGAGAGAUCAGUAUUUUAUUUACUGAUGAAAAUGUUUGUAACAAGCAAUCAUUCACAGCUCAAAGCAUCAACAAAGAAACUAAUUAUUAAGGUUCUACAUGACAGUGGAGUAUUUGAGUACACCUGGAAGGAACUUGAACUGUGGCUUGAACAUUUAGACAACACAGUAGAAUUCAAAAAGGAACCAGUGAUUCAGUUUUUGGAAAGGGUCUUGGUAAAACUGGUGACCAACCCCUAUCCAUUCACAGACAAGGCAGCAGAUCUUGUUCAGGAAGCUAGCAUUCUCCAGGUCAACUUGUCUAAACAAGAUCUUGAUAAUAUCAGCAUUCCAGUCUCUCACAUUGAUGAUGUUCUGGAUAUGAUUGAUGUCCUUGUGGAAGGUAAUGAAAGCUUAAAUGAAGAAAUUGGACCUGCCUUGAAUGAAGACAUGAUUGGGAGCAUUUUUCCAUUCAGUCCUGUCAUCCCAGCUUCUUUAGAAGCCAGGAAUAAGCUGCUGCUUGAGGAUAAUGACAACGUGGAUGGAGAAACCAUAGUGGAAUAUCUCAUCGCUGUUUUCACAGACAUCUUGCAUUCCCAAAGAGACCCAUUAGCCCUCUGUUUGAUGUUUCAGCUCUAUGAUAAAGAACUCCAUUUGGUCUGUCCACAGCUUUGUGAGUUCAAUCAGUAUUACUGUCUUUGGAUACCAAAGCAAGCUAAGGAAGUAUUGUUCCAUCCGGGCAGAAGAAAGUGUGUAGAGGAAUUCCCAUCUUUGGAUUCCUCGUUUUCCUGCCUGCUGAAGAAUGCUUAUCAGAAAGGUGUUGCUGUUCUGUUGGAAAAGAGUGUUAAAGAGAAGCUAGACGAAGCCAUUUAUCAGCUCCAGCCUCAGCCACUCUUGUUAGCUGCAAAGCAAGUUCUGCUAUACUUAAAAACCACAGUGGAAAAUUUCAGCAGUUUUGCUCAAAACACUGGUCUUUCCCUUGUCACCCUCUUUGUCGAUUUGUUGAAGAGCCUGUUGCGCAAAGGUGAUGAUACAGAAUCAUGUGAGCAGCAGGAACAGAAACAUGCCCAAAGUGAAUCUGAUCUUUUUGUGGAUGCAGUAGCUCUGAGCACAGCAGGAGCUGGAAAUGACAAGGUAGCACAAGAGUUACUGUCUUUGGUUUUCAAACACCCUGUGCUGGAGAACUGGUUCCUAGCCAUAGAACAACAUGCUCUUCCCCCUCAUAAUUUAAGCCCACUUAAAGUCAAACUGCUCUCGGCUCACCUAAAUCGUGGCAUUCUUGAAUUGCUGAAGAUGAGCUGCCCAUUGCUGCAAGUCAAGAACCAACUGGAGAUGCUCUCCCGAUAUUUCAGAGCAAUCACUAACACUGUCCUACAAGAACUACAAGCUGAUACUGAAGAAGGAAACAAGAAGAUACCUUUUGAAAGGUCACAGCCGAUGGAGGCCCUGCAAGAACUGCACAUUUACAUGGAUGCCCUACAGCUAAAAGAAGUCACGUUGGCUAUGCUGCAGCAUCCCAAGGCCAACCUGGCUGCCAAGAAAUCGGAAGCACUUUCUGGGAAAGAAACUUGCCUCAGUGUUUAUGGGGAGACUUUGAUGCAACUUCUCACAGAAAGCUACCAAAGAGGAUCCUUGAAGGGAGACCUCUUCCUUUCAAGAGAGCACAUUCAAGGGAUGGGUAUUCUUUUGUGCACAGCAGACACAGAGGAACUGGAAAAGGUUUUCAUGCACAUAAUACAGAAGGACCCUGUCUUUGCCCAGGCAGUGGGAGUGAACGUGCAGGUCUUCUGCCUUAAUCGCUCCACAGCAGCUUCCCUCUCCAUAGUCACUUGGUUGAUUCAGAAUUCACAGACUCACUUGCUCCAGUUUGAGCUCUGGUGUUUGAAGCACAGAGCUGGGAAGUUCCUGACAAAGACGGCUGGCCUUUUUCUGCCACUUGUCAAUACAUACUUGGACUGUCGAGAGCAGCACAGUUUCACACGCCUUUCAAAAGUUUCUUUAGAUGUGACAACUAUCCUAAGAAAAGCACUAUGUCCAGAACUUUUGGAAUGUCUUCUGAAUAAAAGUUCAUUGCAGCCUUUGGCUAUGGAGUGCCAAAUUCUCUCCAAGUUACUGCCACCUUUAGAAACAGAGAUGUUCAUGAAUCUCAUAGAAAAAUUACCUUUACUUCUUGAGAGAGAAGGAGGUCAUGAAUGCUGGGUGAUUGCUGAUGCUAUAUCGAAAGCUCUGGAGAGCUCAAAAGAGAUGUUGCAUUCAUGGAAGAAAUGCCUGCUAGCUGCCUGCAUGAAAUGGCUGAUCCUUGCUUAUAGCAGUAGCAGAGAACCGGAAACACACUCUGAAAUUGAGAGCUCCAUGCUGUCAAGACUAGAAAAAUUACUAAACUCAGGAACUGAAGUAGCUCCAGAAGACUGGCAGGCUUUUGUGAAGGCAGGACUCAAGUAUCGUUACGGACACCAGGAUUUCCUGAAAACUCUGAAUGCAGCCAUAAAUCUGUUGUACCACAAAGAAUCCUCUCUUAGUCAGAGAUUAGUCAAACUUUCAGUUCUUUACAUGAUGAUCACGCAGCACUCUUUAUUUCUUUCAACAAUGCUGAGGUCGCAUGAAGACUGCGACACGAAUAUUCAAGCAAAAGAAGCGCUAGUGGAUGUCCUGUUGACUGUGGUGAAAAGCUGCCCUGCCGUUUGUGAAAGCAGCCAUUUUGCUGUAUUGCUUGGAGCUUAUGGUGCAACACUGAGUAUUUCUGAUCAGAAGAUAUUGCUGCUGCUUAAAUUGUAUGAGAAGAAUGGGCUAAGCCUUGUAAACUUCAGAAUCCUGCUUUGGGGUCCAGCUGCUGUGGAACAUCACAAGACAUGCAAGAGUUUGGGGAAGUCAUUGUGGCAGCAGCCAAGCAUGGAAGAAAUUCUGUGUCUGCUAGACCGAGAAAUGAUGAUGAGGACCAUUCUCCAUUUCCCCCAGCGUCGGCACCUUUUGUUCAUAGAGGAAGAACCACAUCUCCUAAGCAAAGGCAGGAUGGAAGUGGCUCUGAAGGAUCUCUAUGACCCUUGUUUCCUCCUUCAGCUCUUCAGUGAAUUGUUGAGACCAGAAUAUGUUGUAGCGUGCCAUAAGUUUGUGGAUGUCCAUGGUUUGGGUCUGGCAGUAGCUGCCCUUAGCAGCUAUGAUCACAACAUGCGAGCAGCAGCGUAUCAUAUCUUAAGCUCCUUUCGCUCUCAUUUAGAAGGGGCUCGAUUUCGAGAACAGAAGCAGUUGCUUUACCUUAUGGAUGUUGUGCAGAAUGGAAUUAGACAACUGAAUCUCAGGGUUGCUUUCCCUUUGACACUGUAUAUAUCUAGAGUAGCACAGCAAAUGCUCAAGCCAGAGGAACACAUGUACACAAAGUUAAACAGGUUCCUUCUGUCUCAUCAAUACUUGGAUUUGAAGAAAGUGCCAGGAUUUUUUCACCUCUUCUAUAGUUUUGAUACAGAGAACAAAAUAGAACGUGAAUGGGCCUUAGCCUUAAUUGGGGAAGGACUCAGAGACAAGCACUGCUAUGAACUGUAUGAUUAUCAGAGAAUUUUUCAGAUCAUUCUAUCUUUCUUCCACAGUCCACUCUGUGAUGAGGCCACCCAGUAUCAGAUUCUGGAAAUACUUCAAAAUGCUUCAUAUAUCACUAAAGCUGCCUAUGAGUUAAUAAGAGACCACAGCCUAUUAACUUGGAUAUUAUCAGUUCUGGAGAAAAGGUUUCUAGAAAACAAGAUAUUAAACCAUGUGAUUUCCUUAGUCCACACUCUUUGGGUAACCAAUUUAGGAGAUAAGCAAAAGUCACUUGGAAUGAUUAGCAAGGAGUUACAGAAGGACCAGAAAUUCCUUCCUCUCCAGCUUAUCAGUGAAUUUCUCCACAUUUUGAUCAUGCUUCUUAAACACAUUCGGGCCAGCUUGGAUACUGCUAAAUUGAUUCAGUUUUUCAGCACAUUACGUUCUGUGUUAGACUACCGCCUUGUAGUUAUUGAAGCCUUCAAAGACAUGGGCAGAUUCACCGUGAAUGAGCAUGUCCUUUCAAACAGAGAUGUUCUGCUUAUCUUACACAAGUGGAGCAUAAUUGGGAAAGAUGUGGAACUCCAAGAUGAUCUGCAAGCAAUUGCAAAACAGUAUCAAAUCAAAGAAUUGCUUAAAAAUAUUAAAGAAAAAAACAAAUCAGAGAUACUGUUUCAAACAUCAGCCCAACACUUUCAGAAGACAAAGGAAACUGAAAGAGAGAAAGAAACCGCUGCUGAUUGGAAACAGUUUCAUUUAGAAGAAUGCAAAUCUACUCUAAGAUUUGUUCUUAUCCACUGGGAACCUGUAUUUCUGGAUAAGGCUUUAAAACAUCAAAAAGAGCAGAAUGGAUAUGACAAUCCUAGUCUUACAUAUAAGACUGCUUAUAUAGUAUUGAAAUGGCUUGUUAAGUCCCACAUUGGCAGCACAUUCAACAUACAGCAUGCACUUUUUAUAUUUAGAUGGUUUAAAAAUAAUGUUUUACAAAACAGCACAGUGGUAGAGGAGAUUCUUAGAGAUGGAGCAUUGAAAAGUGGCAUGUUUAAGAUUUAUAGCAGCAUCUGGAAUGCGUAUGAAGAGAAGGCUGUGGAACUAAGUGAUCUCAUUCUGCUUAAUGGGAUUAUGUUUGACCUGCUAGAUUCUCAGGAUGUCACAAAAAAUGACUUUCAUGAAACUAUGAAAAAUUUUUGGUGUUCUGCCAUGACAGAGGAAGACACAAUGAGGAAAGCUGCAAGUACGUUCCUCACCUCUAUUUAUAUUGGAGACAUCUGGCUGGGAGCAAAGCAACCACAUUUGUUUUUAACUCAUGUUAAACUGGUUUGUGAAGCAACAGAUAUGAAGCCAAAGUAUGACUGGAAAAUGUGGGACUGUGAAAAAGCUAUGGUUCUUCUGUGCAAAGAGAUUUACUCAUUGUUAAUUCUUCACCCUACUUUUAAAUCCUAACUGUCAAGUAUGUGCCAUGCUUUUCUAAUCUCUAGUUCUUAAAACAAAUUAUGUAAAGUGUCUAUAGGAAAUUAUUUUAAUACCUGUAUUUUCUAUUUCUGUAUAAGAAACAUUAAACUGCUGUAAUUUUGAAGCUA